AUGACGGGGCCCCUCGAUGCAAGAAGACAAGAUAAACGAUGUGAGUAUCAUAAAGACCAUGGUCACGACACCGAUAGUUGUUUUUCUUUUAGAGAUCACCUGGAAGAAUUGGUGCAAGACGGCCGUCUUACACAAUACGUCCGAAAGAACAAUUCAACAAAUACAGUAGCUCUACGGCCGGAGUCACCCCCUCUUGGUGUAAUCCAUAUGAUAUAUAGCUUGCCGGCACCAAGUAAGGUGCACACAAUCCAGUUGCCAUCUAGCACACAUAGCUCCAUGACACUAGCGAAACGGCCACACGACACUAGAAGGAUUAGUUUCGAUGACAGUGAUUUAGUUGGAGUGACCCACACCCACACUGAUCCCCUCAUCAUCGUGCUACAUGAAAAUAGAUUCACCAUUGAGCAUGUCCUCAUGGACCAGGGCAGCACUUCGGAGAUAAUGUAUUACAAAACUUUUGUCAAACUUGGUUUUACCGAUUCGGACCUGUCUUCGGCUGAUUACCCGUUAUUCAGCUUCAAUGCUAACCUGGAGUAUCCUUUAGGUAAGAUCACACUACCUGUACGGGCCGACACCAGACCAGUAGACAUGGAAUUUCUGGUUGUCAAGCUCCCUUCGCCGUAUAAUCUGAUCAUGGGCAGAACUUGGUUACAUACAAUGCAAGCCGUGCCAAGCACCUACCACCAGUUGCUCUGCUUUCUGACCUAA